CCCCAUAUAUCGCUUAACCCCUUUAAUGGUCCACCAUAUGCAAGCACAGGUGAGCCCAUAAAUGGCAGGAAGUAAACAUUCCUUCUAAAUAAAGAAACCAGAACCUUUACAUGCAAUGUGCCUGCAGUUAAACACUAUAGCUAUUACCAUCCCCCACCAUCCUAGAUGUCGGGGAGGGACAGAAAAAUAUCUGAACAUGCAGAUUAGGACAAGGUUUAUAGUUUUAAGCACAACAAUGACAACUUUUGUCAAAAUCACUCCAUCACAGUCCUUCGUCAUUAUUUCUGUGAUUUUAGCUAAUUUUGGGUCCUAGUAUCCAAGGCACUUUGUAGCUCACUUAAAAAAGCCACUAAUAUCAAAUGAAAUCAUCUGACUCAAGUACUGUGAUAUGAUGCAAUAUUAUGCUCCAAUUGACCCUUUUUAAAUGAAGUGUUUUCAUCUUUAGUGUUCUGAAAAUAUUUCUGUUUGGGAGAUUUCCCAGUGCUCAGCAUCUAAAAGCAGGAAAAAAACAGAUAAGUGGAUGGAUGAGUGGGUGGCUGUCUGCACAUGUGAAAGUGAAAGUUUUGCAGUGACCAUGACUUUCAUUUACACUGCAUUUCAUUCUACUGCAGCCUGAGGAAAGAUAUGCCAGAGAUUGAAAGAAAUUAUCAAGCCCUUUUAGACAUGGAACAGGAACAAGUUUUGUGGGAAAAAUUCUAUGUCUGGAAGGUGGGAAGAACAAAUGGAGCUCAUUCUCAAAUUGUUCAAAAACUCAAAGACAUCGGCCACACUGAGGUGGACUCUCCUGAAGAUUGUGACUACCUUCUAGGUUUUUGUCCUAUUGCUUCACGAGUUGGAACAGACAUCACAGAGGCUCUCAACAACAAACCUCCGGGUAAACCAAUGAUUCUGGUGGUGAUGCACCACACUCAUGAUACUCGUCGUGUUGUAGCCAAAAGCAGCAGACAGGUCUACGACCCAGAUGUCUGCCUCACUGUGGAUUGUCUCUUUUAUAAUGGCACCCUCCUUAACUGCAGUCUCAAUGACAACAUGUGGGCUGAAAUCAAGAAUCAUUUUGGAGUUCUCAUUUUGGAGACUCAGGGCUCUGACUUGCUGACCAGGAUAGUCAAUUGGAUAAAGAACCAUCUACUGAUUGUAGCACUCAUCAUUGCAUUCAUUUUUAUCAUCAUUCUAGUGACACUUACACAAGUAGACAAGGUCGAGCAUGCUCAUGCUGAAGGCACUAACAAGUCGUCAAGUACAAAUAAAACAUAUGUGUGAAAUAAUUCUGCUGAAUGUAUUGUCAUAAUUAUGCUCAUAAAGAAUAAAUACAAAUCUUUCCUGUCUUGUUGCUUUUCUGUACUUUAUCUUAUUAACCUUUUACUUUUUACUAAAAAUGUAAUUUACUAAUAAAUAACAAUAAAUAUGGUGAUGUGAAAAAGUGUUUUGCCUCAUUCCUGAUUUCCUAUUUUUUGUCACACUGAAAUGAGAUCAUCAAUCAAGUUUAAAUAUUACACAAAGAUAACACAAGUAAGAAAAAUGUUUUAAAUGUAGGUGUUUAUUAUUAAAGAGGGAAAAAUCUAAUCCUACAUGGCCUUGUGCGAAAAAGGGAGCCUAAGCCUACUAACUGGCUGGGCCACCCUUAGCAGCAACAACUGCAAUCAAGCAUUUGAGAGUCUUUUCGAGCACCGUGGGGGAACUUUGUCCGACUCAUCUUUGCAGAAUUGAUGUAAUUCAGCCACAUUGGAGGGUUUUCAAGCAUGAAGCGCCUGUUUAAAGUCAUACCGUAGCAUCUCAGUCAGAUCAUUGUGCUUCAGAGUACAUAGUUGUGGAUGCACCGCACCUUCAUCACGAGGUAAACAGUAAAUGACACACAUAGCGUGUAAGGUGACUCAGAUUUAAAAUAUUGAUUGAUUUACUAAUCAGUGUUGAUGUUAUUAAAAUAUUUUAAAAUGCCUGUGUGUAAAAAAACAUUUGUAAUUUUGGAAAUACAUUUUAUGCCACUCGUCUCUCUUCAGCAUAAAUGUAGUUAGUUGAGUUGUUGGGUGGGGGAUACUGAUAUUUUCUACUUCAACUUUCAGUGUCAGGUGAAGCUUGUGUUUUGGACUGACUUCAUUUUUCUACAACACUGCCUCCCAGUGGUCGUGAUCAGUAUUGCAGAUUCUAAUGAGAUGAACAAACAACUGUUUUUUCUUUUUAAUUUUUUAUCAAGGUUCAUCUUUAUAUUGUAUCACACACAUUUACAAUGAUUUUCAACAACUCACACCUACCUUUCUUGUCUUUUCUCUCUCAAAACACAUUUUCAUCUCUGUUUUGUCUUUGUGUCUCAAAUCAAAAGUGAAAGUGCUGCACUGAGAGGCGGUCGGGGAGGGGCUUUCAGCGUCUUCAGUGUGCCCGUGACACGAGUCACGUAUCAAGCUCUUCCGUAAGUCGACUUUUAAAAUGAUUAACUAACCAUAUAAGGCUUUGAAGUGCUCCCUCAUCUCUAACGUGCAUGCACACUCUCUUCUAAGGUGGUCUUUCUUUUUUCGUUUUUGACUUUGUCUGGAUCCAGUAAAAGCUCGUGCAGAGCUUUCAGUGUUACCAACACUGACACAUAUUUACCUGCUGGCUGAAUUUGUUCAACUUUUUAAAUUCCCGCUAAAUGCUAAUUUCUUCUUCCACUUGUUUCCCAACGCAAAGAAAAGAAAGAAGAAAAUGCUUCGGGGAAAAAAAAUAUUUAUCGUUGAAGCUGGAAAUACAAAUGGGGCUCAUCGUCACAUUGUUGAAAGGUUGAAAGAUGUUGGCCAAGCAGAGGUGAACGCUCUAAAUGAAUGCGACUAUCUUCUGGUUUUCUGUCCUGUUGUUUCACGAGUUGGAACGGACAUCGGAGAGGCUCUGGACAACAUGCCCCGUGGUAAACCAGUAAUACUGGUGGUGAUGCAUCCCACCUUCAAUCCCGAUUAUGUUGUAGCUGAAAGCCGGAGACAAGUGACCAACCCAAAUGUCCGCCUCACUGUGGACUGUCUGUUUCGUGAUGGCAAGCUCCUGAACUCUAAACUUAACAAUAAGAUGUGGAAUGAAAUAGAGAUAUUUUUGGAAGUUUCCACUCUCCAGGUUUUGUGGUUUGGAACGAUCAAAUAUUUGAAUCGUCGAGUACUUCGGAUUGCAGCUCUAACUGCUGUAGCGAUCUUUGUGUAUUUCAACAGUCCUGAAAUAAAAAAGAAAAUAGGGCUGUGAGAGCAGUCCCUGGAUAGCAAAACCAAAAGGAAUCUAUUUAGGUCAAGGAGUCAUAUGGCUAAGUUCAAGGCUAAGUUGGAAAUAAGUACAUAAUGACAUAUUUUAGGUAAUCGAUUCAGCAACAACAACAACAACAACAACAACAAUAAUAACAAUAAUAAGGAGAAAGAUUAUUAGAUGAGCACUAGGACAUUUUUCUAGCCAUGUCAUUAAUGCAGACAGCAAACUAGAUGCACAUUUCCAUGAACACAAAUUGUCCUGUAAAACAACACUGUGCACUGCUGUACUGAUAUACAGUGUUGGUUUACUAAAAUCACUUCACACAUCCAGGGUAUCUUGUUGGUUAUAUUGCAACUUGGUGAAGCUAUAAAUAAAAGCAAAUCAUCUCUAUGACGUAAUUCUGCUGAUUUGUCCAAAUAAUCUUAUCAAAACUAAAUCAUUUGUGAAUAAUAAAUUCAAAUGUUUCAUAUUUCUGUUGCUUGUCUACGCUUAUUAAUUUAUCUUGGAUCUAAGUGUGAGUAAGCCCUUACGUAACAUUACAUCCUUUAACCACCAAUACCUUCACUGCAUUUUGCCUGUAAUUUAUACAGACCUGUUACAUUUUGUUUAUAUCUUCUGCUAUUAUUGAAUUGUAUUUUUUGUUGUAUUACUUUCACAUCAGUAAAUAAUGGCGUGCAGCUCCUACAUCCUGGAAAUAUUUGUUUAUUUACAGCUGAGUUGAAUUGCACAAGCCACUGUAAAUAAAUGUAAA